AACGAAAUAAAAAAAGGCUUAGGGAUAAAUAUCAAAUGAAGAUUUAGAAAUACAGUCUAUGGAAACUUUACUGACUGAAACCUAAUUUAAUUUAAAUAGCGUUACACUUGAUCCCUAAAUGACGUAACCGGAACUGUAUCGUCUGGAAUCGGAAAUACGUUAAAAAAGAUCUGCGUUCGUGUGUUGUCGAUGACAAAAGUAGUUUUCGUAUAUUUUUCUUAGCACAUUUUGUACACAAAAUAUACAAGCAUGGCUAUGCAAGCAGCUAAACGAGCCAAUAUUCGAUUACCACCUGAAGUCAACAGAAUACUCUACAUUAGAAAUCUACCAUACAAGAUCACAGCUGAGGAAAUGUAUGACAUCUUUGGGAAGUAUGGACCAAUACGGCAGAUUCGAACUGGAAACACACCGGAAUCAAGAGGGACAGCUUAUGUGGUCUACGAGGACAUCUUUGAUGCCAAGAAUGCCUGCGAUCACCUUUCUGGAUUCAACGUCUGCAACAGAUAUCUUGUAGUUUUAUACUACAAUGCAAACAGGGCUUUCCAGAAGAUGGACACCAAGAAGAAAGAGGAGCAGCUGAAGCUUCUGAAGGAGAAAUAUGGCAUCAACACAGAUCCCCCAAAAUAGUCUCCCCUCUUCCCCCUUUGUCACAGAAUGUGCAUUUUGACAUCUGUACAAAUGCACCUCUUGUUGUAAGCCAAUGUUUGCUUCUAGGGCUCUUGUAUCCUGAAAUGUUUUUUAUUUUAUUUUGCUUAUUUUUUAAAUUCUAAAUCAUUUGUACAUCUUAAUUUGUCCAAUUGCUGAAGUUAACCGAUUUGUGUUUUGUAAUUGGGUAAUAUCUUGGUUAUCAAGUAUAUUAGGGUGAAUUUUUUUUUCUUCCGAUAAUCCCCAGCAUAUGGGCAUUUUUCUACUGAUUGCUAUGUGACGGAGGUUGCAUUUUACAGGCUUUGACAGUCUUUUUGUUUUAUUUUAGUUUUGGUAUGUCUCUUUGGUGUGCAUUUUGAACACAUACAAUCUCUGUGGAAAAAAUGUUCUGCAGUUUGAUCUAAACGUAUUCAUAAAAAAUGGUAAUUCAUACAAAUUCACUUGAGGUUUUAGAUUCUGUCAAAUAAAUUGCUAUUUUCUGUUAAAUAAAUGGUCCUUUUAUAAAA